CACACCAGCCAAAAGUCAUCUCAGCUUUGGAAAGGUUCGAAAGAGAACGUACGUGGAUAAAAGUUGUCUCGAAUCGCCGCAGACCGGUCGUUGAUUAGAUUUGCAUUUUUUGCGCUGCAAUUUAUGGUUGCAAUCAUGUCGUUCGAAAAAGCCGUCGAGGACGUCAAGAACCUGAACGCGACCCCCGCGGACGCGGACCUGCUCGAGGUGUACGGCCUGUACAAGCAGGCCACCGUCGGCGACUGCAACACUGCGAAGCCAGGCCUGCUCGACUUUAAGGGCAAGUCCAAGUGGGAAGCGUGGAACGGGCGCAAGGGCAUGACCCAGGACGAGGCCAAGCAGGCGUACGUGGACAAGGUGGCGCAGCUGGUCGAGCAGCACGGACUGAAGUAAACUCGGGCGGGAGGAGCAUUUGACGAAGGCGCACAAAUUGGUUGGGGUUAUUAGACUGGAAUCUUUCUUUUUAAAGGACGUACAUUCUGUUUCUUGGGAUGGUUUUAAAGGGGCUUUUGGACGGUUUCUUCCUUAGUUCUGUACUAAAUGGGCUUUCCACCUUCUAAACUAUUCGAUAUUUAGUCAACGACUUGUUUAACGGUAAAUUAGAUUUAAGUUGAAGCAACAAUAAACUCAUUUGGAAUCUCAACAAGAA